CCCAAUCGAUCGCGUUACAUCCAGAAAUCUCUGCAGUUUGACGCAUAAAACGGGACGCAUGGUGUGGAAGAAGCGAGUGUGUCCUCCAGAGCCGGUCGGGAAUAUACUGUACACACACACACACACACUCUCUCUCUUACACACACAUCCACCACCAACACCGGCUGCCACCACACAGUCAGGCUGAAAAAGCCAUGCAGGCUGAGAAGAGAUGGCACAUAUUGUUGAGUGUAAUUCUUUUGCUCAUCACCUCCAGCCGGUCUAUGGACAGCAAAGAAGUGACACACGAGGACAAGCACACUCUGCUGGACCUGCUGCUGCACGUGAUCAGGGACAGCGAGCGGGAAAAGCUCAACACUCGGGAAAAAUCCACCCACAGCAGGCCUAUAGAGAUCAUCCUGAGAGACGUCAGCAUUAAAGACAGGUUUAUUAAACAUUUCACAGGACCAGUCAAGUUCCCGUCGGAGUGCAGGAUGCAUUUCCAUCGAAUUUACCACAACACUCGGGAGUGCUCCAGACCGACAUUUUAUAAAAGAUGUGCAAGAUUGCUGAUGAGGCUAGCCACAAGCCCGCUGUGCGCUCGGCCGUAGCAGCGUAAGACACGUAUACUGAGGUUACAGAAGACGGAGCUCUGAGGAAUUUUGGAGAAAAUUUAUUUUCCGAGGAAGUGCCUUCCAGUCGCACCAGUUAGCGCUCGAAAUUAAAACAUAUUACUGAAAUACUUUAAGGUUUUAUUGUUUUUUUAUCCGUUAAAUAAAUCA